GCUUCCAUACUUUUUCUGCAUGAUAUUUGAAAGUCAGAAUGUGUUUGAAUCAAAGGCAUUUUGUUCUUUUUAGUUUAUUCACAUCAGAGAAUCACAUUAACUAACAAACUCCAUCCAGUAAGCACAAAAACACAACACUGUCUUCAUCUUCAGCAUUAUUGCUUUAUCAUUUUAAAACCAACAAACUACUCUACUGUUUUGAUUGUAAAAUGUGUUUGUGCAUUUAUAGUUUUGUUUCUGCAGCGCUAUAGUUGUGAAUCGAAUGCAAUGCCAAGUGUAAAGUCAUCUCACCCCGUGUGUCUCAGCUCCUCCCUCGCGCGUUAUAUCUCAGAGAUCAGAGGUGUUUCUGCUCAAUCUGUUAGAGACAGCAUGUGCACUCACUCCGCACCGCGAGGAUGAUGCCGCUGACGCUCGUCUGCGCGAUGCUGUGCGUCUCCGCGUGCGUCGCGUCGUGUCCGCCGCGCUGCGAGUGUUCUGACGCUCCACGGACGGUGCGCUGCGCGUCUGCCGCUCUCCACCGCGUCCCCGCCGCGAUCCCACGCGACGCGAGCAGCCUGAUCAUCACCGGCAACGCGAUUCCCAGACUCGAUCCCAGCGCCUUCAGUGGACCGCAGAACACCACACUCCUGAACCUGAGCGACAACCGCAUCAUGGAGAUCGGCUCGCACGCGUUCUCCUCUCUGCUCACGCUGCGUUCUCUAAUCCUGAACAACAAUCCUCUGGUUCUGAUCCACCCCGAGGCGUUCUCUGUGCCCGGCAGUCCUCUUCAGGAGCUCAGCCUGCGCUCGUCUCUCUAUAACUACUCGUCUCUGACGGACCUCAUCACCGCCCUGCGCUGGGGAGAGCUCACAAACCUGCUUCGCCUCGAUCUGUCGGGAAACCGGCUCGUCCUCUUACCCCCGGGGAUGUUCGCUCCUCUUCCGAACCUGCGGCAUCUGCAUCUGCACAACAACUCUCUGGUGGCCGUCUACAACGGCACCUUCUCUGGCGUCGAGCAACUUCUAGAGCUGGACUUGACUGGAAACGCCUUCAGAACGAUCGGCGACGAGGGUCUGCGUGAGCUGGAGCGACUCGGCCGUGCGCGUUUACUUUUGGGUCAGAAUCCGUAUGCAUGCACUUGCGAAGCACACGAGUUCACAAACUGGCUUAACAGCUCGAAAGUCAAGGUGGAGGAUGUGGACAGGCUGUAUUGCGAAUUCCCUGCUUCUCUUCGUGGGGCAUCUUUGCGGGGUUUUAGCGCGCAGGGGUUGGGGUGUUACGGUAAUGUUCGCGAAGAGAUUACCGAGUUGUCCCUACAAACUUCCUAUGUGUUCCUUGGAUUAGUGUUGGGAUUCGUAGGGAUGGUCUUCCUCUUUGUCGUCUACCUCAAUCGAAAGGGUAUUGAGAAGUGGAUCACGGAUAUAUAUGAAGCCUGUCGAGAUGUGCUGGAGGGGUAUCAUUACCGCUACGAAAUCGACUCCGAUCCACGACUGGGUCACGUUUCGCACAGUCAGCAGGGUCGGCCUCGAAUGGAUCCGCGUUUGGCGCACGUCUCUACUGAUGCUCGUAGCACACAGAUCCCAUCCGACGUCACACUAUAACUGCACGAAGAACACGUUUCUGUGAUAUUUCAGUUUGUAGCAAAGUGGUGUGCUUGACGAUUUCUAAAUAGACGGAAACCAUUACAGUUCGGCAGAUAUCAUUCAUUAGAAACACGUUUGACUGAUAACCGAUGCAAUGCCGAAAAAUGCAUGACAUUUGCUAAUCCGAAUUGGGAAGGUUACUUUGGAAAGGUCAUAGGUUACAGAUUACAAGUUACUGUUUAAAAUGUUACCCUUUAUUAAUGUAACAGAUUACAUUUAAUUAUUUUGGAUUACUUUUAUAAAUUUUGAAAAAAUGAUUUUUUUUUUUUAACUUAUCACACUGAACUUGUGAUUGUGUAGGAAUACAGUAUAAAAAAAUAAAGAUUCUGUAGAUUAUUAAAAUGUUUUAACACUAAAGAAGUAGCGCUGAUCAAUGAAUGGUCGUUUGAAGAACAAAAAAAUGCUUCUUCAAUGGCAUUCCUGUGAAAAACCCUUUAAGAGUGUGGACUAAAAGCCACAAAACCCACAUCUAUUUGCUUUUAACUUUCUGACAAGAUUUACAGUAAAAACUGUUGAUUUCAGUCUGUUGUUGUCUCGCCAAAUAUUCUAGAGGUUAUAAGAAGACUUGAAGACGCACUGAAUGACUUCUCAUGUGUAUCUAACCCUAUUUGACUGAAUUAUGGGCUCCAUUAUAUUUCAUAACCUAUUCACCAGAUUGAAACGCUCCUCUCCAUCACAUUAUUUGGUGCGGCCCACAGAGUUCGCUGCUGCAGAUUGUGUCCUCGAUAUUUCGCCACGGUUGAGGAAAGAAGGGAAAUGAAGGGGUGUAUUAGGGGAAAAUGGGGCACAAUGAAGGAUUUGGAGUGUAAUGUUUCCUGCGAGCACAUGGUGAAUCUCUCUCUGUGUGUGCUUUCUAGAGCUUGGAACUAAUGACUGCAAUUGAUCAAGACCAGACAGCCCAUAUUAAUCUGUGUCUCCGCUUCUGGCAAAGCAGUACAUUACAGCAUGUUUGAAAAACCACCUCUGGCGCACGUGUGUGUGUGUGUGUGUGUGUGUG